CGACGAACGCGGAGGCGCAACCUCUCAAAUGGUUGUGUCGGUCUGGGACCUUUCCCCUCCUCCGUGUCCACCUCAUCAUGGAUUUCGCAUACGACCAUAUCCAGGAGGAGAUCCUGGCCUCGAAUAAGGCCGAGGACUCCUCUGAAUCAAACAACGAGAAUUCCAACGGCAACCUCAACACCGAGCUCCAAGAAACCUUCCGCGCCUUUUCCGCCAGCCCGUGGGGGACCCGAAUCGGAGGACUCUGGGACAAUGUACGCAAGCAGGGAGAAAGCUAUUAUGAAGGCGCACAGAAGGAAUACAGCGCUGCCAGCGAGGAAGCUGUGAAGGGAUUCUCAGACCUGCGCAACAGUAUCGUUGACCGAACAAAGGGGCUGUCUCUCAGCACGGUUGGGCUUACAGGUGGCAGCGAAGCACCGAUAGAUGGAGCUGCUACACCCACAGCGGCAACGGAAGGAACGUCCAAGGACCAGGCGCAGGAAGCCGGUGCUACUGGAGAGGGCUUUAUUUCACGAUUCAAGGCCGAAGCCGCCCGGCGAUUCAAGGAGAUUGAAAAGGCCGAAGAGGCUGCCGACGAAGCUAUUCUGCGAUUCGGCCUGAAUAUCAGCCAGAAGCUGCGAGAGGCUGUAAGCAUUGUGCCGCCCGAGACUGACGACUCGGGCAAGCUUCUUUUCGAAAGCAAGGAUGCAGACGGCAAGCGGGUCAUCCAUGCCACUCGAUUUGAGGCCCAACUCCAUGUUAUCCAUUCCAAUUUGGAUAGCUUUACCAAGGACCCGGUUAGCGACAAGUUCCCCGAGUUCAAGGAGGAUUUCAAUGUGGAGAGCAAGACCGACGAAAUUGCCGCCGACCUGGAAAAGUACCCUGAGUUGCGGGCAACCAUGGAGAAGCUUGUCCCGGAGAAGGUGGAAUAUGCGGAGUUCUGGACUCGGUACUACUUCUUGCGCCUUGUCGUCGAGACUGAAGAGCAGAAGCGCAAGGAACUUUUGAAGGGCGCCAACGCUGGAGAGGAGGAAGAAGUUGGCUGGGACGACGACUCCGAGGACGAGUCUGAAUCCCCGUCUACUCCCCAGGUUCGCCCUGGUGCCCAGAGCCUUGCCGCCAAGGAUACCCUGAAGCCCCAACCUCGUCGAUCCAACGACCAGCAGUCCCAGGCCGACAGUGAAUCAAGCUACGAUGUCGUCAGCGGGACCGCUAGUCGGGCCCCUGGCAGCCCCAAGGAGAAGAGCCCAACUGCCGAUACCAAGGCGGAUGACAGUGACGAGGAUUGGGAGUAAACCUGAGUAAAUUGUUGAUCCCAAGGGUCUAUUGGCAAGAACAUAUAAACUUGGCCUUUUUGAGCACGUCUCGAAGGGUACAUCUUGGCUCUAAGACCCCAAAGACCAGUCGAUCUGGUCAUGAUAUUUGCGUCGGUUUUUACCGGAGUUAGACCGCUGCGGCUGGUUCAAUGGCGUUGUCAGGACUCUUAUCUGCUUAUUCCCGGAUUCGUUAUGAUGUCGUAUCUUGAGUUCAGCGAUUGAUAAAGUGUCAUUCUAUCCGUUCCCGUUUGUUUCUCGUCGAACCUGCACAUGAUUCGCCCCCAAUUUACAUGUCACCUCGCUUACAUCGAGGGCACUUCUUGUGUCUGCAAUUCUUCAAGAUCAUGUCUAUUAAAGCUUGAUCCUUCACUCGCUCCUUGGACGUAGUGCCCAUGCGUGACUGUCUAAAGCUCUACCUACAGAAUAGCUGCCAGGGUAUCACCCUGUCAUACUCACGCGUAAUCAUACAAAGUUCAUGAGGCCCAAAAUCUCAUACUGCUGUCCCAGAGCCGACAUCCCUAACCCUUGGGGGCGCGACUAGCCUUCCUCCCCAAAGGCGAGCUUUGCCUCCAGUUACCGUCAUCUGAAUAGGCAGGAGUCAUGUCCCUCAGCCCACUUGGGCGCACACUGGGCGAGCCUCUUCGCUGAGGCGUCUCGGGAGUGUUUUCGCGGGAGCGAAUUUGGAAUCCUCGAGAUCCACCCCCAGGUGAGUAGAGAUCAUCGCCGUCGCGUGGGAGGGUGGAGGGACUUCCAGGUCCCCAGCCGUAUUGGUAGUCCUCCCCGCGGUGUUUGACCGGACUCUCGUCAUAUGGAUCCCACCCGACGCGGCGACGUGCUUCGGACCGGAGACGCUGGCGAUGUUGCUCGUCGCCACCGGCACCGGUGGAAGACGACUCUUCGAGGAAGAAGUUAAGGAGCUCAUCACUAAUUGAAAGGUGUGACUGUUGUUGGAAUUGUUGAAGGGAGGUCAGACGGAGGAGGGUUUCCAGUAGCGAAAGUGAUGUGCGGAUGUGUUCGAACAAUGGAUUUGAAACUGUGGUCGUGGUCGCGGCGGGUUGUGUGGGCGCCGAGCCUUGCGAGACAUAAUGGCGACCGACUGGUGAUGGGGAUGGGGAAGGUGAGUUCUUUCUGUCCUUUAAUGACAGCUUAGCCAUCAUGUUAGGGUCAAUAGAGGUUUCUGCUGCUGGCUCUACUUCAGACUCGGUGUCUGAAUCUUCUUCCUCAUUGUAAACUUCGAAUGCGAUCCACUCCGGGUCCAAGCCUGGAGGUAACCGCCAUUCUUCGGGGAUGGAGUCUUCAUGCAGAGAAUGUAAGUUGGUUUGAUUCGACGAACUGCUUCCACUCAGCUGGGCAUCGAGCUGCGCUUGCUCCUCAUCGACCGAGUCUUGAUCUUCUCCUUCUUGAGAAUAAGUAUCAUCGACAUCAUUGUGCUCCAUCAUGCGGCGAGGAGGCAAUGCAUUCAAGUCUCUCUUGAGGAGUAGGACGGGAUUGUUGGUUUCCCCCUCAGUGCUGAUAUUGAGAAUUCUGCCCGUGUCGGCGUAGAAUAUUUUGGAAAUUUGAUGAAUUGGAAGAAUCUCUCUUACUCCAGCUGUAGUAACCCCGUCAUAGCUAUGAGGCUGAGGUUCGUUCUCUUCAAAUGUGUGAACUCUCCCAUCAUCAAGAUCCUCGAUGAUCAUGACUUGAUAAGCAUAUUCAUCGAUACCUGGUCGUGCUGGAAAUUGUGAGGACUUGGAUUGGUCGUCGGAGUAGUAGAGGCUCAUAGGAACGCGGCGCAGCUUCAGUCGUGCCUUGUGCAUGACCUCUUUCCAUGUCGCUUCUCGGAUGAAUUCCUCAUCAUGGGGACGAAGAUGGCUGGCAAAGAGCAUGUACAUUGACAGCGUAAAUGUUGGUCCUAUCUGCACCGCUUGAGAUUCGACGGAUUGUGACAUGGAAUAUUGAGUGUCUCCUGCUGUCAAGAAGGUGCUAGCCUGCAAAAGUCGUGAUGGCGACACUGUCGACGGCAGAUUUGUUGACAAUUUAGCACCGGAUGUGGUGAUAGCCAGAUUCAUGAGAGGAACUGCGUCCUCAAUCCGGGCAAGUAGGUUCUUGAUGUCUUUGAUGAUGAAUUUGAUCUCAGCCUCGUUGCUUGGACGCUCUUGUGAUGACUUGGGUCCUUUUCUCAUGGCUUCUUCUGAAGCAGCGGCCUUUGCCAACCGUUGACCGAGGGCCUGGAUAUCCCAUCUUAGAGAUUUAGUGAGGGCGACCGCAGAUUCAAGUGAAGUAUUUCCCCGAGCGGCUCUGCGUAUGGCUG